UUUCUUUCGAUGCAUCAGGCCGUGUGCUGAAAAUGACGCAAUCGAAGUGGCGACCGCGAGAAUCUUCUGAGGAGAAGACGCGACACGUACGUAAAAUGCUCUCCCUCGUACGUAUGUACGGUGGAAAAGAAAAAGACUGCGCGAAGUGGGGUGAAACGAUCCGUAGUGGAAGACGAAGAAGCGUCUGGUCGAACGAGUAGAAUCGUACGAACCUUCAUCGUGGCCGCAAUAGCGGAUCUUUCAUACUGGUGCCCACGUUAACAUUUACGAUAGAUCGGUCGUACGUGCAACGAUCAAUACGUUUAUCGAGCAACAAGUUCAAUAAGAUAGCACCGACGAACGAAUUCAUCAACCGAAUUAUCAACCGAAAAAAGGAGAACGAAGUGAAAAGGCAAAAAUGGUUUACGAGAGCGACUUCUACACGACUCGACGACCCUACUCACGGCCUUUAGUCUCGUCUUACUCCAUCACGAAGCAGGACUACUUCCCCUGGGAAAAAGUGCCGUUUGUCCCACGACCAUCCUUGGUACCGGAACCAUUCACGGUUUGGGGACGUAAGAAACAGGAUCCUAAAAAGGAAUUUUACCAAUACGUCACCCUGAGGGAUAAGGAGGGUGUCGUGCGUGGGAAGAAUCCCUCCAAAGAGGAUCAUGCCCGUCAAUUGGUGGCGGGUGGUGCGGUGUCGAAGGAUCGACCGAUUACCUUACCGAUCUCUACGAUUCUUCAGUUGAGAAGCAUUCCCCGCAUGCCAUACGUGGCUCAUAAACGGCUCGUCACUGUAAUCCACAUCCCGUAUCAUACUGUGUACUAUGGCGGCACCCUGAUACCGAUAAGAGUUCAUACGCGCAUACGUCCAAGCGUCAUUGCAGCUGAGCUCAACAGGAUACGCAACCUGACAAGACCGUCCACCGAAUCCUACGUGGAAAAGUAUCUUCAAUCGAAGGAUCACAUCUACUUCGACGACGAGGCGAGGGAAAUACGUGCGAGAGUGGAUUCCCUUCUUCGACGAGUACACAUCUUCGUCCCACGAGCCGUAGCAAGCGACUUCGCGGAGGAAAUAGUGCCGGAACGCAUGCGCAGCGGGGAUUACGUCCGCCGACUGAUCUCGGGCAAGCACAACACGAAGAAGGACACGAUAGAGCCGAUCUCCUGGUACGAGGUACCCGAUCGAGGUAACUUUGGUAAUCUGGCGUGUGUUAAGUAUGUCGCCGGCAAGCCACACUCGAUCAGGAAACCCUACUUCAAGGUCGCCGAUUUACGCCCGUCCGACAUCAAAAACGAUGUCAAUUUUCUCAGUUACUACAGCAAGAACCGCGAGGCGGCGGCUAACGCCUCUCCAGAUCAGCCGAUGACGGAAAGAGAGUUGCGGAAGGCGCGAGCGUUGCAACCUGAUUUGGACGAGUCGACUUUGAGAAAAGUAACAGAUAAAACGCGUAGAGAAACGGAAUCGAAAGGGGAGAGGAAACUUGGAUUCUCGAGCCGCGAGAAAAUCGAGGAGGAUGAGGAGAUGGUGGAAAUGAGCGUGCCUGAACCAGUUCAAUCUGAACCCGAAGCGGGGGAACCAGAAGUCGCGAACGAGCCUGUAACAGAAGCUGAAUCUCUGGAUAAAGUCGAGCAUCCUGCCAAAGAACCAACGACAGAGCCUGAACCAGCGGAACCCGUGAAGCAAACAGAGCCGACACCCGAACCUGAACCUGCGAAACGAUCCACGCCUGAACCCGAGCCCGCGAAAGAAUCCACGCCUGAACCUGAAUCCGAGUCUGAAUCCGAACCCGAGUCUGAAUCCGAAUCUGAACCCGAGCCUGCACGCGAAUCACUUUCAGAGAUUGGAAAAGCAGUGGAGUCGAAUCCAGAAAACUUGACAGAAUCCGCGAAAGAGGUGGCGCAACCAGAAACGAAAGCGUUAGUAUCCGAGGAGGAGGUGGAGUCCAAGCGAGAAGUUAACGAAGCUGUAAGUGAAUCGGAGGAAACAGAUGAGAAGGAGGCAACGACCGAGGAUGUGAGGCAAGAUAAGGAGGAGGCUGUGAAGAGAAUAGAGCAGUACCUUAUUGAAGCUGCCGAGAAGGCGAGGACCGAAGAGGAGCGUAAAAUAGCUGCCGAGGAGGAAAGGACGAGGCUCGAGGUGGAGGAGGCAAAGGUGUGGGAGCAGCUGCAAAUAGCGCAGGAACGAGUAGCUCAUCUCGAUGAGAUUAUCGAGCAAGAAAAAAUCGAAGAAAAGAGAAAGGCAGAGGAGGAGAAGAUCGAGGCUGACCUCUUGGAAACUCGAAAGAUACUCGAGGAAGAGAGAAAGCUGGAGGAGGCUAAAACGGCGGCUUUGCUGGCAGAGCAGGAGCGGAUGCUGAUCGAGGAACAUUUGGAGAAAACACGGGAGGAAGAGGAGAAGGAGGAAAGGUUGGCGAACGUCACCUUCCUCGAUCAAGAUCGGGAAGUGAAAAGCAUCGACCAUUGCCGCGACGACGAGAUAACGUGCGAUGUUACCGAUCAAGAUAGGGAGGAGAAGGCUUACGAUCCGAUCACGGACGACGAGACCCAGAUCGAGGAGGAGGACGUGCACGAGGAAUGCGAAUGCGACUUGGCGGAGAAUCCUUUCGUCGAGGAGCCGGAAGGGGCGGAAGGAAAGCCGGUGACCGGCGGGAAUAGCGUGGAGGAAUCGUCGAAAACCGAAGAGGUAACGUCUGGCGGAGAGGAAAGUUUCGUGUGGGGUGACGAAGAUGAUUAAAA